AUGGCAAAAGAUAAAGAAAGUAAAGAAUUAUCAAUUGCAUCUACAGAACCAGUUGAAAUCUCAAUUGAAGAUGAUGUAAAAGAAACUAAAAAUAAUGACACUAAAAAAGAAGAAUCAAAUGAAGAAUUGGAAAAGGAAUCAAAUAAAGAGAAAGAUUCAAAAGAUUCAAAGGAUUCAAAAGAUUCAGAAGAUUCAGAAGAUGUUGCACCUCCACAGCCACCAAGACCAAAAGAUCCAAUUCAACAAAUUACAGAAGAUUUAAAAGAAGCAUUUCCAAACAUUGAAGAAAAGUAUAUCACUGCAGUUUUAAUUGCUAGUCAAGGUAAUUCUGAAUUAUCAUUUAAUGCAUUAUUAUACUUAUCUGAUCCAACAUAUAAACCAGAAAUAAAUAUAAAACAAGAGCAACCCCCAAUUUCAAAAUCUUCAAAAUCAACAGAAUUAACUGACGAUGAAUUAUUAGCACGUAAAUUACAAAAAGAAUUUGAAUUGGAAGAUGAAAGAAGAAGAAGAAAACAACAACAACAAAGACGAAGAAAAGAAAGACCACUCCAAGAGAGACCAUUAGAUGACGAUUCCGAAGAUGAAUUUUCUGAAAUUAAACAACAAUUUCAAGAAGGUUUCACUGAAGCUAAAGAAACUAUUAGUAGUUGGGUAAGUGGAAUAGCUAAAAAAUUUGACCAAAAUUCACAACAGCAACAUCAACAACAAGGUAAUACAAGUGGUGAAGAAAAUCCAAGAUUAUUUGGUGCUUUGGGUGGUAGUUCUUAUAAUGAUAAAAAUAAAAAAUUUGCAAGAUUUGAUGAAGAUCCUGAAAUUAUAUCUAAUGAUUUUCAUGAUAGAAUUAAAUUAACUGAUAAUGAUUUAGAUGAUGCACCAAUAUUACCUAAAAGAAAAGGAAAUAAAGAAGAACAACCUAAAAAAUGGCAAAGUGAAACUACUACUAAUGCUAAUUCUGAUGCGUUUUUAGUUACUGAUUCUGAAGAUGAAGAAAUUUCAACUGCUGCUGCAACUACUGGAACUGAAAAGAAAUAA